AUGUCUGAGGACCCGUCCACCCCUUACAACGGACCCAACAUGGCUAAUGGCACCGUCCCGGACGACCAGCUCCGCCUCGAGGCAGCUCGAAAACGAUUGAAGAUUGACCGAGCCACGAGCGAAACCGAAUGCCCCCUCGACGCGCAAAUUCGCCGCAUGACAAAAGAACUGGAAGAAUUGAAGAAGCAGAGACAGGUUGCAGAGCUGCAGGAGCAAAUCUGGGCAGAACAGCAGCUAUUGGAGGCUUCUCGUCACCGUUUGAGUAUUGCAGCUGCGUCGGCUUCUCCGAAGAACAGCCCAGCUCCAACAACAGCUCCAGCCAUUAUAUACAGCCCCCAGACCGCUGUUGUGUCUCAACUAGUGGCGGUUCAACAAAUUCAGCACCCGAAGCCGCCAGUCCAAGCUUCAAUCGUACAAGCUCCGAGUACGCCUGCUAGUAUGAAAGGCAAGGAGAACAACACACCAACUCAGGUCCAGCCCUUCCGAGUCCCUGCCGUCGGCGAUGACAGUGGUAUGACGACUUCAACAUUCACCCAGCGACCGAUUGCGGUUUCAACAUCAGCUCCGGAGAACCCGAGUCAGCAGCAACAGAAGGAACAGAACACACACCAACAGACGGCGCAACAGCAGCAGCAGCAGCAGCGCCCAUGGUUUGACCGUCCACGCACGCCAGACGCUCCUGCCGACUCCACCCUUCUGCAGCUGCCGCCGUAUCAAGGACUAACCCGGGAAGAGUACACGAAUUUCAUUUCCACUCUGGAAGCCCACUUCACCAAGGCACCUCAAUACUAUAGCAAGGAUGUAGAAUACCGAAAAGUCAAGAUUGGCUUAGAACACCUUAUCCCUGCACUAAGGGACGCUUGGUAUGCUCUCCUGCUCACAGCGACACCUGGCAGAAUUUCCGCAUAUAUCUUUUCAAGGCGGUGGUGCAAAAUAUGA